GGGGGGGGGGUGGGGUGGGUUGGCAAGGUAAAGCAUGAGAACGAAAGUGGGCAAUAAAAGUAGAAAGAGAGAGAGUGAAGAAACAAACAGAAGAAUGAUAGAAAGAAAGGCAGCAAUUCAUAGAGAGAUGGAGAGAGCCCAGUCCCACUCAUAGAUGGAUGGAAGGUGAGGGUAUGAGCCGUUCUGUCAUAUGACUGCAUGAGGACGAGAGGCCCAGGCAUUAGCCUGAAUCUUAUCAUCUCUAAUCUGCCACCAUGAACCAGACAGCAGCCACAUUGAUUGGAGCGACCUUUAAACAGAGCUGCCCUCUGACCCAGGAAGAGAAAGGAGCUUUAGUUCUACAUGUGCGCCAUGUUGAUGCACUCUCAUUGUUUGCUAGUGAAUUGUAGUGUGCGUCGGAGGCUAUUUGUAUGAGGGAUAUAUUUUGGACAUAAUUUGGCGGGCGCUCUCGAGCAGAUGCACGUGGAUCUGUGUGCCUGUUUGCGUAGAGGGACUCGAUGAAAGAUGACAGAGGAGGUGAUUGUUAUAGCCAAGUGGGACUACACGGCCCAGCAGGACCAGGAACUUGACAUCCGGAAAAACGAGCGCCUCUGGCUCCUGGACGACUCCAAGACGUGGUGGCGGGUACGGAACGCCGGCAACCGCACCGGCUACGUCCCAUCCAACUACGUGGAGCGCAAGAACAGCUUGAAGAAAGGGUCGCUGGUGAAGAACUUGAAAGACACUCUUGGUAAGAUGCAGGUUUCCUCUCAGCAGAUAACCUGUAACUAAGUCUGGGGGCUCCAUGUGAUGGCCCACAUACAUACACAUGAACCAGCAUUACCUGCCUCCAGUAGAGAGUAGAGAUACACUGAGGUACUCCAUGUGGAUAAAUAAUUGAAGGCUACUAAUGCACCUGCAUUGUGGGGGACAUGAUAUAUGUGCAUUAACUCAUAUAUCUAUAUAUAUAUACAUCCACGCAUCAUAAAAAAGUGGUGGUUAGUCUGUGCAGACAAAUCUGAUUCACUUUUGAAAAGUGACAUUGCAGCAUCUUAAGCUAAAUAUAGCAACAAUGAUGUAGAUGAUAGCGUUUUUUAGCUCCAAGAAUUCAAAGCAGAUUUUCUUUCCUCAGCUAUGCUGACACAUCCAGUUCAUGGUUAGAAGCUGGAGAGGUGUCUGUAGUCUUCCGUCUCCUGUGUCUGUUUCCUCUUUUUCCUGGUCCUGUGCGGGUACGGCGGUGGCUCUGUAUGAAUCUGGCCCAGGGUGUGAAUAUAAAUAUGCGGCAGCCUCUCCCUGACCCUGGCCUACUUUCGUCCUGGGGCCAUCAUCUGCUGGAGCUUCACUGUGCAGUGCGGGCCGUUUUACAUUUGGUCCAGGCGGCCAUCCCUCUGAGCUGUCAGACUUGGGGAGACGGUGCUUCCCAGGAGGGGGACCUGGGGUACAGGGCCGUGCAGAAAGCAGGCAGAAUACAUACACACCCCUGCUGGGUGACUAGUGUCUGGGGCACCGGAGGAGGCCCUGCACCUGUUUGCAGGGCAGAGUAAUGGGUAUUUCAGACUGUUUGUGUGUGUGUGUGUGAUUUUGGAUAUGGAGCAGAUUAAAGGCUCAGAUCAGGGAAGGUGUGUGUGUGCCCAGCAGCUGUUCCACCUCACAGUUUGAGGAGUAGAUUUAUGUAUUAUUAUUAUGUAUUUAAUGUAUUGUCUCAGUGUUGGAACAUCUCUAAAGCUGGUGCCCAUAGGAGAGUGCUGAGAACUGGUUGCCAUAUGGCUAUGGCAUUAAUAAUAAAUGAGUAAAUUCAGCUAGUCCAUUUCUCACUUUAGAGCCGCUCAUGUCUCAGUACUUGAGAAGAGUCGGUGAUCUUGACACUGAGUGAAAUGCCAUUUAAGGAAAUGGCAGCACUUUACGGAUGAACAGCAGCAGCGAGUUAGUCACUCUGUAAAUAUGCUUUUUCAGA